UUAACAAUUUUUUAUAGGUUAAACCAAUAAAUGUGAACCACUUGUUCUACUGAUUCAUACUUCGAUUUGGUUCUGAUAACAUUGCUUUUAAUACUUGGGUAAGACCAGCUCCACUUUUGACCCAAAUGUCAAUCAAUAAUGUUAAAUCCGAAACAUGUCGUAGGGAGAUUGCAGGUGGUAAAGGGUAGAGAGAGAAUUUGAUCUCCCCUCUCUCCUCCCUCAACGGUAUAAUGGAAGAGGAACAGUCCGAGAAAGAGUGGAUCCUCCGCAAACCCCAAGCCGCCGGAUGGAUCGCCAACAACAUCACCAGCACAACCUUGUUAAAUAUCAAGAACCCUCUCUAGCGAGGGGUUCGCGGGGCAAGGAGAAAUAGGUUGUGCUACUGUCAUUGCGAGAGGAAUGGCGAAGCGGGUAGAAGAUACCGAGAUGAAUGCGAUUGACCAGGGAGAUGAAGCAACAAGUGCGUCUCCGUUCAUGAACUUGCUACCAAAGACUUAAACACUUUGGAAAUGGAUUUUAUCAAGGAACCUAUGAUUCCCAGCUCGAUCAUGAUCGAGCUCUUUACGGCAGUCCCUAGACGAUUGAUGAUCACUAUAUCAUCUCGGAGCCAUGGAGGCUCGAUUUCGACCCGGACUUUGAUGAUAUCAACCGCACUGCUGUCUGGGUCAGACUCCCAUACCUCCGACUGGCUUACUUUGCUUUGAUUGUUGGUGCAUGGUCAUCUCCAAGAUAAGUGUCCCUUGAGAUCAGCUAAGAGGAACUCAUUGGAGGAGACAACUAGAACUGAAAGUGCGAGCAAUGUUGAGACGAAGACAAAUUCUCAAGGAAAUAAUUAGAAGGUAACUGCACACAAGAAAGAGAACUAGAAAGUCUCCCCAAUUGUCUCCAAGCAAGAAGGGAAACCCUUGAUGGUGUCCAGAAGUCCAACUCUAACAAUGCAAUUGAGUCAUAAACCCCCUGAUGGUUCAAGUAAAUAUGCAUCCCAAUUCAAGAAAGAUGUUUGUGUUGUUGUGUCCCCUGUUGGACCUACUAGCAAGCAACCUUGUCAAAGCCCCACAAGCUGAGAAAGGAAGGAGUUAGCGCUGGCAAAGAUAGAAGAGGUGCACAUCCUAAACCCAAAGAUCUUAGUGCCUCCAAAAUCACCGAAGCAUAUAAGAAUAAGUUUACUCAUAAAGUUGAAAAUGGGAAGGGAUACCCCAGGAAGAUCGACUUCAAUGUGAAUCGAGACGAUAGCGAGGCAGGAACUAGGAGUGUCCAGUAGCAUUUCGAGAAUUCUCCAAUUCAAGGGGAGGACAAGGACGAGACGACAAUGGUCGUCGAUGCUAACUGAAAAUCUCGACCUCUGGUCGCGUAAGGGAAGUCUCUCAAAUCUCUAAUGAUUAAAGUCUUUUUCUGGAAUUGUAGGGGUGCUAAGCACCCCAAAUUUUGGUCUACUUUUGAUGUGUAUAUUGCUAAUCACUCUUUGAAGUUUGCAUCUUAGAACCUCGUAUUAGUGGUGAAAAAGCUACCGAGGUUAUUAAGUCUCUUGGUUUUGAUUCUUUUAAAGUUUUUGAUGCAGAGGGUUUCAAAGGUGGCAUCUGGGUGCUUUGGGAUAGUAAGAAAGUGCAGCGGGAACUCCUUAACCGACACAAGCAAUUUAAACAUCUCAAAUUUUCGAUUAUUGGCAAGGAGGUCGGAUUUCUAACUGUUAUCUACGCUAGUCCUAAUGAACAUGAUAGAGGAGACCUAUGGAGAGCCCUCCAAUCUCAUGGAUGACAAAUCAAGGCCCGUGGCUUCUUACUGAGGAUUUCAACUCAAUCAUAAAGCCAUCAGAGAAACAAGGAGGGGCCAAGUUCAAUCCUGCCCGAGUCAAAGAGUUCAAUGAUUUCAUCAUGGAUUAUGGGUUAUUGGAUAUUGGAUUUGUUAACCCUAAGUUCACAUGGGCGACCAUGGCAUCUCUUUUGAAAGAAACGCUUGGAUCGCAGCAUGUGCAACCUACUGUGGAUGGAAAGCUUUCUUGACACUAUUACCGUCCACCUCACCAAACUUCGCUCAGAUCAUAGGCCUAUUUUAACGUGUGAUUCGAGGAUUUCCGACAAGAAACCCCUGGUGAGACGUUUCCAGUUGUUAGCUCCUUGGUUAGUUCAUAAGGAGUUUCACUCCUUCGUUGCUUCUUCCUGGAAUUCUGGCUUUGAUUUCCGGCCCUCCUUGUAGGUCUUUACUAAGAGGCUUAGAAUAAAGACCUUUUUGAAAA